CCGUAGACGCUGCUGCAGGUUGCCGUUGGGACGUUGGGUGGAGGUUGGGUGGACGUUGGGUGGACGUUGGUGGGACGUUGGGUGGACGUUGAGGAGGUCGGAGUGAAGAUGUCCGUGAUCCUGGAGACGACGCUGGGAGACGUGGUGGUUGAUUUGUACACCAAAGAGCGGCCACGCACGAGUCUCAACUUUCUCAAGCUGUGCAAGGUGAAGUACUACAACUACUGCCUGUUCCACAGCGUGCAGAAAAACUUCAUCGUGCAGACUGGAGACCCGACUGGCACCGGGAGGGGCGGUGAGUCGGUGUUCAGCCAGCUCUAUGGACCUCAGGCGAGGUACUUUGAUGCGGAGAGAACUCCGAGAAUCAAACACCGCAAGAAGGGAACUCUCUCCAUGGUGGACAACGGCUCUGGGCAACACGGAUCGCAGUUCCUGCUGACCGUGCUCGAUGGGCUCGACUCUCUGGACGGCCAGCAGCACACCGUGUUCGGGGAGGUCGCCGAGGGCAUGGAGGUGCUGGGCCGCAUCGCCGAGGUGUUCUGCGACCGCGAGAACCGCCCCUACCAGGACGUCCGGCUGUCCCACACCGUGGUGCUGGACGAUCCCUUCCCGGACCCCCCGGGACUCUGCGUUCCGGACCGCUCCCCGGAGCCCACGGCACAGCAACUCGACAGCGGACGCAUCGGCGCCGACGAGGAUGUCAACGACAUGCAGGGGAGGUCGGUGGAGGAGGUGGCGGAGAUCGCGUCGGAGAAGGAGGCCAAGGCCCGGGCAACGUUGCUGGAGAUGAUCGGAGACCUCCCCGAUGCCGAAGUUGCUCCCCCGGACUCGGUGCUCUUCGUGUGCAAGCUGAACCCCGUCACCAACGACGACGACCUCGAGGUCAUCUUCUCUCGAUUCGGACCCAUCGCCAGCUGUGAGAUCAUACGCGACCGCAAGACCGGAGAGUCCCUCUGCUACGCAUUUGUGGAGUUCACGAAGAGCGAGGACUGUGAGCGAGCCUAUUUCAAGAUGGACAACGUCCUCAUUGACGACCGACGGAUUCACGUCGACUUCAGCCAAUCGGUGGCCAAGGUCAAGUGGAAGGGACGAGGUGGCCGCUACAGCAAGGACGAGCUCCGGGACCUGGGCCAUCACAAGCCCGUCCACAGCAAGCUGGCCCUCAAGGAGAAAGCCAAGCCGGCACAGCAGACUGCUGGCUAUGAACUCCUCCUGGACUGCGAGCCACAGUCCUCCACCAAGCCCAGCAGACGCACGCUCGAGGAAAGCGCGAAGCACGAACAGAAGCAGAAGCGCAGGAGCCGGAGUCGGUCGCGGGAGAGACGGGAGAAAGACGCCGGAGAGCCGGAGAGGGGGAAGAAGAGAGACAGGGAGAGAGGAGACAGGGAGAGAGGGGACAGGGAGAGAGGAGACAUGAAGAGAGGA